AUUUGGUGUCUUUACAAUGUACUGUGUAUUUCAUGUAUUACUAUGGAAUGACUUUCUAUCCACAUUAAAAGAUAAACAUUAUUUUUUCUUAAACAAUUAUUUAAAAAAAUCAUAUAAAUAUUUUGGCGAUACGUUGUUAUAUUUUUUUCACAUUUAAUAAUUUUCUGACAUCUAGUACCGGUAUUUGCUUCAAAGAAUCUUCAUAAAUGCAAUUUAAUAUUCAAGAACUCAUACAUGUAUCGCUGCGAUGCCUCUGAUCAGAGAAUUACUAGUAAAUACGGUGUAAAUUCAAUUGAUGGCGGUAGUUACUCUUUUAAAAAUCCUAUUUGCUACCUUGUAUCUAUAAUACAAUUUCUUCUUUUAAUUUGGUUGUAAACAAGUUUAAUCGUUUAAUAUACAAUACAAUAGAUUUCUAUAUUAAAGAUUAUCAAUGAAACAUAAGCGAACAAAAAUAUUUCUAGAAAUAUGUGGCGCGAAACAAUAAAUGACAAACGACUUAUCCGAUUGGCUGGCGCUAUUCACCCUGUCCACAAAACAAGUUUAUCAUUCAAACGCGUUCUUAUCACGUGAUUUUUUCCAUAUAGAAACUUUAUACACGAUACCCGUUUUUCUACUUACACGUGUUUCUCAAUUCAUUCGGACACAUGAGUGAGAAUAUGGAAACGAAAAGUCUUUGGGACGAAACCAUUGACGACAUUGCCUUGUCCCAAGCCACUAACGAGAUUGAGUGCGAGUAUUUAUUUGGAGAACUCAGUCUAAGUCAGUUGUCUGUGUUUGAUAUGGGCCAUUUUGAUCUGGGGGAAUCGCUUACAGUAGACAGCAUGAUGGACACGCUAGAGGACAACUUCCAAUGCGAACAAGAGGAAACAGCCAGGUUUGCUUUCGUGGAGGACCCUGACGUAUCAAAUCUUAUUACCUCUACAGAGAGCAAGAAUACGAGAAAAAACACCAAAUGGGCAUUUUCCGUAUUUAUGGAGUGGAGAAAAGCGAGAAUGGCGACUAAAGAAACAGUCAUUCCUGAGCUCGCUCUUUUUGAUACCGAAAACAUCAACUCAUUACUGGGUAAAUUUGUAAUUGAAGCACGGAAAAAGGAUGGAUCACCCUACCCCCCUCGUUCUUUAUACAUGAUUACUGUUGGCCUACUCCGUUACAUGCGUGAAAAUGGAAACCAUCGCAAUUUUUUGGACGAAAAAAACUCUGACUUUUACGAAUUUCGUAAACAAUUGAGUGCACGAAUGGCACAACUGACGACCGAGGGUGUUGGAUCACAUGUAAAACAGGCAGAGCCCAAUAGCAUGGAAACAGAAAAUAAGUUGUGGGAGUUGGGUCUACUAGGCAUCCAGACAGCAAAGGCUAUAGUUAACACCGUGUUCUUCUAUAAUUGUAAGUUAUUUGGACUGCGUGCGGUGGACGAACACAGGCAACUCUCGGUGGAUCAGUUUGAGCUGGGGACUGACCAGGAGGGAAAGUUUAUCAAAUUUUCCGGGAGGGCCAACAAGACAUAUAAAGGAGGAUUAAAUCAGCGACAUAUUACAGCCAAGGAAUUAAAACACCACUUUGCAAAAGAAUCUCUUUAUGAGAUCUAUAAAGUUUACAUCCAGUGCGUCAAAGAAAAGGGUUCAGAGCGUUUUUAUUUGAGACCACUAGAAAACGGAGAGAAUGGAAGUGUACGGUUCAGUUCCCAACCAAUCGGAGUUAACAAACUUUCUAGCCUUUUAAAAAGCAUGUGCACAGAAGCUAACAUUCCAGGUUUCUUCACAAACCAUUCAGGUAAGCGUACAUGCGCUACAUCCCUGUACCAAGCGGGAAUUCCGGAGCAAGAAAUAAUGAGAAGAACUGGACAUAGAUCAGUGGAGAGUAUAAGAAAGUACAAAAGACCCUCCUCGGAAAUGCUACACGAAGUGCCGGGUGCUUUAGAAGCUGGAAUCCCAUCGGCGUCGGGGGAUGAGCUUGAGGAAACGCCUAACAAAAAGAUUAAAAGUGAGACAAAGGAGCAUGAGCAGAAGUUGGAGUUGAAUUUUUCCUGCACUAUUAAUUUGCAAUAAAAACUGCGUUCAAAUAUCAAUGUCCAUUUAUUAAUAAUGUAUUUUUGUUUUUAUUCAUUUCAGUACAGCUAGUACGGAUGGACGAUUGAUUAAAAAUAUUUAGUUUGGUAGUUGUUGUUUUUUCCUAACAUUGUGGGCGGAGUUUGAAAAAGUGUGGGGUAUGUACAGAUAACCCACACUUUUAACAAUAGAAAACUCGCCAA